ACACUGAAUGUAAGAGUAGCUCUCGUGUGGGCUGGUUUUCUUAACCCUUGCCAAGGGCUCCCUGCUUCAUCUGAAUAUAAAGGGAGCGUUAGGCAGGCACUGCACUAUGAUAAGGCUUUUAAUGAAAACAUCUUUAACUCUUCUACUGUAAAACUGCCCAGAAAAAAAUGGCAUUUUAUUUAAAUAUUCAUUUCCUUAUCAUGCUGCUCUGCAUCAUUCUCCCAAGAGUCUCACCUGACGAAGCCAGACAUCUAAACUCCACAUCUUUGAGAGAACUGCUUAUCUUGUCAUUUCAAGAAAGCCAACGAAUGCUACAUGAAGCCUCUCUCCACUCCAGACAAAGACGAGGCUCAGCCUCCUCUUCAACGCUAGUGUCUCCAUUCCUUCGGCAAACCGAGCCUGAGACCCUGGAGAAUUCCCGAGCUGCAGAGCUUUUUCAAACAACACUGCACGUCCUCAAUGACAAAGCGAGACAGAGAUAUAAAAGGGAUGUCAUGGCACCAGCCCUGCUCUCAUGGGAGGAUGUGGAGCUGAUUGCAGAGCUGUCUAAAUGUCCUCCCGUGACGCAUCCAAACAUCUGUCAGCAAAGCCACCUCAACAAAUACAGAUCCAUAUCUGGCGUCUGCAAUAACAGGCAAAAUCCUCUCUGGGGAGCAGCCAACAAUCCCUUGGUCAGGUGGCUUCCAGCUGAAUACGAAGACGGAGGGAGAGAACCCAAGGGUUGGAACCAAGGACGGCUCCAUAAUGGAUUCCAACUUCCCCCGCCAUGGGAGGUCACCAAGAAAAUAGUGAGGAGCUCAUCCAAACUGAAGGAUGAUGUCUAUUCUCACAUGCUAGUGGAGUGGGGCCAGUACAUCAGCCAUGACUUUACCCUGACCCCUCAAAUCAAAGGCGGUGCUGGCCUUUGGAGUGAGGUGGACUGUUUGAAGACAUGUCAAAAUGUGCAUCCAUGCUUUCCCAUUGAGACAGGUGAUACUAUCAAAGCUGCAGAUGGCUGCAUGCCUUUUUUUCGCUCCAACGCAGCCUGCAUCGUCAAACGUAGGUCAGAUAUUCGACAAGCUCUGCAGCGACAGCAGAUGAACGGCAUAACGUCAUUCAUAGAUGCUUCGUGCGUGUAUGGCCACAGUCCGAGGCUGGAAAGCUCCCUUCGUGACCUCUACGGCCUCAAUGGGAAACUUGCUGUCAACGACCAAUUCAGGGAUCACACAGGAAGAACAUACCCUCCAUUUGUCGCCAAUCUGCCAUCCGCCUGCCGCCAGGGUCCGCACAGUGAGAGAGUUGAGUGUUUCAGUGCUGGAGAUAGUCGGAUUAAUGAGGGUAUGCCCCUGAUCUGUCUGCAUACACUGUGGCUCAGGGAACAUAACCGGAUUGCAGAGGCACUGAAACACAUCAACGGUCAUUGGAGCCCGGAGACUAUUUUCCAAGAAGCUCGCAAGAUUGUCGGAGCUCUGCAUCAGAUCAUAACUAUGAGAGAUUAUGUUCCAAAGAUCAUUGGCGUGGAGGCUUUUGAACAUUACAUUGGACCCUAUCGGGGAUAUGAUCCCACUACAGACCCUUCAACAUCCAAUGUGCUUGCAACCGCUGCAUUCAGGUUUGGCCAUGGCACCAUCUCUCCAAUACUCCAGAGACUGAACGAGAGCUUCCAGAUGCAUGAGCACUUCCCCCACUUGAGGAUGGGUAGCACUUUCUUCAGUCCAUGGAGAAUUGUCAAAGAAGGUGGAAUUGAACCGACCCUGAGAGGUUCAAUUGGAACUCCAGCAUCUACAGCAAGCGCAAACAUGCUGUUGACAGAGGAGGUAACAGAUCGGCUUAUCAUUCUCAAUGACUCAAAAUUCAGGGACCUAGCUUCACUGAACCUACAGAGAGGACGGGAUCAUGGCCUCCCGGGAUACAAUGAUUGGAGAUCAUUCUGUGGAUUGGAGCGCAUCAUCACACUGGAAGAUCUCAAAGAGGUUGUAAGAGACUCCAGGGUUGCAGAGAAUAUAUUACAAAUAUACAAAAAUCCUGAUAAUAUCGAUGUAUGGCUUGGAGGGCUUGUUGAAAGCCAGUUGCCAGGCUCGAGAACUGGUCCCCUUAAUGCUUGCCUGAUUGGAAAGCAGAUGAAAGCAUUUCGUGAUGGUGAUAGGUUUUGGUGGGAGGCUGAAGGAAUGUUUAGCCAGCAACAGAAGGCUGAGCUUUUAAAAGGUUCUCUAUCUCGGAUCAUCUGUGACAACAGCAACAUCAGGGAAGUCCCAGCUGAUUCAUUCAGGUUUGGGAGAUUCCCCAAUGAUUACUUCUCCUGUGAUCACCUGCCCUCAAUUAAUUUGGAAGCAUGGAGAGAAGAAAUGAGCCAAGAUUUAGUACAGUGUGGCACUCCAAGACAUAUAUGGAAUGGGGAUUUUAUUCUGUCCUCUACAUCUGGCAAACUGGUUGCUCUGUACUCCUGUUACCAUGGUUUCAAGUUAAAGGGUGCCGCUGCAAUAAUUUGCGAAGGAAAUCAAUGGAAUAAUCAACCCCCACAAUGUACAGGUACAUGAACUAUUUUUGCCAUGGAUUUGUUUCAUAGAAUAGAAUUGAAUGACUAUGUUAUGUUGUAAACCAUAUAUGUCGAGUGUUUUAACAUUAAAAGGGAUAUCUCCCUAUAAGCUGGUUAAUUUCUUGCCGUGAUUGGAUGAACUGACCCAAAAAACAUAUACAGAUCUCUUUGAAUGACUAUGAGGAAACAUUGACAUAAACCAGCACAUAUCUCUCCUUGCAAAUGCAGCACUGUUGUGCUCUUGGCUGACUGGAGCUGUACUGCUAUCUGCUGGUACUCAUGGAGAAAGGGUUGUGUUUCAAUAGUUAAUACGUUGUGAAUAGGGCUGAUUUAUGACUUAACCCAUUUGUCAGCCAUUUCCAUUAUGACUAAAACAAGUUGCUAUUAAACUCUAAGCCAUUUCUACAACAGUUGGAGUUUGUUAAUCUUCAAUUUUAAUAAUGUAUCAAUUCAUUAAAAAAGUCCUUGGAGGUGUUCAGGUAAAUAAUUGCUUUUGACGUACUUAAGUUUGCCAGAGUAAUUUAUUACCAAACAUAAUCAUAAAACAUAUUAUUAAUAGCUUUAAACUUCUGAAACACAUAUGUGAUCAUAUAUUAAACAUGUGUUAAUGAGCCCACUUUUCAAAUACAUUCAGUAAAUUAAAGUUGAAAAAAUGUUCUAACAUCCCAGUUGAAACAAAAAAGCAUUAUAACUAAAAUAAAUGAAACCCUAUGUAGAGUUGUGAUCUAGUCUUUUUCUAAAUUUUCUCAAAGCAUAUUCAAGUAUAAUUUACCUACAUUUGAUUGAUUUUGCUAACUUAUAACUUAAUUUCUGAGGCAAUAUAUCUCACCUGAGUGCAUGAGUGGCCCAGACCUUCGUAUAAUUGUGUGUGUGUAUGUGUGUGUGUGUGUGUGUGUGUGUGUGUGUGUGUGUGUGUGUGUGUGUGUGUGUGUGUGUGUGUGUGUGUGUGUGUGUGUGUGUGUGUGUGUGUGUGUGUGUGUGUGUGUGUGUGUGUGUGUGUGUGUGUGUGUGUGUGUGUGUAUCAUCAGUUCUGUAGAUUACAAUCUUUUUAAUUGUGUCUGUGAGUAUGAGGGGUACACAAUUAAUCAACAUUUCAGCAAAAUCGCAAAAUGGACAUGUGCAAUAUCCAAAUUGUGGGAAGCACAGUAUUUAUUUAAGUUUUGGGUGUACAACAGGGUCACGGCCAUUACGUAUGAUAAAUAAAAGUUUGCAAGCUAACGUGGGAAAGAGUUGCUCUAUGUCCUGAUUGGCUGGCCUUGACUGUUCAUGGCUAUGCAUUUGAUGUUAAAAGGUGGCCAUCAUUCGUAUGUUGUUGUUGUCUUCUACAGAAACUCAUGACUAAGUUGUUAACAAUGCAGCAGAUCCAGAAAUGCUUCAUCAUUUUAUAACCCAGCUCAGCUGAAGAUGCCAUACUUGCUUCUAUCGCUGUCUUCCAUGAUUGUUUUUAUUAACGGUGUGUUUGAAGAGAAAAUGAAAUGAAAUACACACAAAAUCAUUUGAAUAAAAUUGAUUUCAUUUAAUGUUAACUGCUGGUAUUCUGUAUUUGUAACAUUUGGUAUGAUUAUCCUAUCGGUCAGUAAUUGUUUUUGUUAAAUGAGAAAUAUAAUGCUCCUUUUCUCGUUCAUGUUAGUAUUUAGUGUCUCGAUGUUGUGAAAUGUCUCCAUGCUUUAAUUUUCAAAAAGCUCUUUAUUUUUCUCAUCCUGCCUGUGCUUCAGCACCUCUUUUCACCCUCUGUCUGAAACCAGAGCCCAGUCUGCUCUGAUUGGUUAACUAGCCAGCUCUGUUGUAAUUGGUCAACCACUUGGAGAUGUCCUGAUCCUUAAGGUAUCAUGUACAAUUUUGGACCUAUGUAACACACUACAGGAAGGAAUCCCCAAAAAGAGAAAAAUUACUCAAACUUGCAAAAAUUAAAAACCUUGGAAAUGAUUUUCUCUA